GCGUGAAGAUGAAGUACUUGGCUGUGAGCGGCGGAACUGUGAGUGGCCUUGGCAAAGGCAUCACCAUUAGUAGCAUUGGGGUUGUGCUCAAAGCAUGCGGCUUGCGAGUGACUUCCAUCAAGAUCGACCCGUACCUCAACUGCGACGCCGGUACCAUGAGCCCGUUUGAACAUGGCGAAGUGUUCGUGUUGGACGACGGUGGCGAAGGCGACUUGGAUUUGGGCAACUACGAGCGCUUCUUGGGCAUCACUCUCACCAAGGACCACAACAUCACAACGGGCAAAGUGUACCAGCAAGUCAUUCGCCGCGAACGCCGCGGCGACUACCUUGGCAAAACCGUCCAAGUCGUGCCGCAUGUAACUGACUCGAUCCAAGCCUGGAUCGAACGCGUGGCCCAGAUCCCCGUUGACGGCGACUCCACUCCCGCCGACAUUUGCUUGAUCGAAGUCGGUGGUACCGUCGGCGACAUCGAGAGCAUGGUGUUUCUCGAAGCGUUGCGCCAGUUCCAGUUUAAAGUCGGUGUCGACAACUUCUGCUUGGUGCACGUGUCGUUGGUGCCUGUGAUGGGCUCCGUGGGCGAGCAAAAGACCAAGCCCACCCAGCACGCGAUCAAGGAACUCCGCAGCGCCGGCCUCACCCCCGACGUGAUCAUUUGCCGCGCAUCGAGCCAGCUGGAGCCCGCGACCCGCGCCAAGAUUGGCAUGUUCUGCCAAGUGAGCCAGAACCACGUGCUCAGCGUCCACGACGUGAGCAACAUCUACCACGUCCCGCUUCUUCUGGCCCGCCAAGGCGCGGCGUCCAUCUUGCUGUCCAAGCUGCGCUUGAUGGACAAGUAUUUGGAGCCCAACCUCGACGCGUGGGCUGCGAUGGCCCACCGCGUGGACAACUUCACCAAAACGACCAAGAUUGCGCUUGUGGGCAAGUACACUGGCCUGCAGGACUCGUAUUUGAGCGUGAUCAAGGCGCUCAAACACGCCGCGAUGAAGGUCGACCAUGACCUUGUGAUCGAGUGGAUCGAGUCGGUGGAUCUGGACCUUGUCACACGCAACGCCGAGCCGGAAAAGUACGCCGAGGCGUGGGCCAAGUUGAAGGGGUGCGCCGGCAUCGUCGUGCCCGGGGGGUUUGGCGACCGCGGCGUCGAUGGCAAGGUCUUGUGUGCGCAAUACGCCCGUGAAAACAAGGUGCCGUACCUCGGCAUUUGCUUGGGGUUCCAAGUUGCGACGAUCGAGUACGCGCGCAACGUCGUGGGCUGGAAGAACGCCAACAGCGGCGAGUUUGACGAGUUCACCGAGAAGAAGGUGGUGGUGUUCAUGCCUGAGAUCAACCCGAACGAGAUGGGCGGCACCAUGCGAUGCGGCGCGCGGUCCACGGUGCUCGAGCCCAGUCGCGACUCGAAGCGGUCGCUGGCGUCCUACUUGUACCAGAACAAGCCCGAGAUCCUCGAACGCCAUCGCCACCGGUACGAGAUCAACCCCGACUUUGUCGCAGAUAUCGAAGGCGCGGGAUUCCACUUUGUCGGGCGCGGGGACAAGGGCCUGCGCAUGCAAAUCGCCGAGCUGCCCCGGGAUGUGCACCCGUACUACUUUGGGACGCAGUACCACCCCGAGUUCAAGACCCACCCGAGUGACCCGAGCCCUCCGUUCUAUGGCCUCCUCUUGGCCGCCACCGGGGGCUUGGAUGCGUUCAUCCAAGCCAGCGACGCAGCCGACUUCCAUUCGUAGGAAGCGACCGGACUAGCGUUGAUAAUGUGAAACUGGGUUUGCACUUGACGUCGUAGGAUGUACUAGUAGUUAGUUUUUAUCUAAAAUGUAAAUAUUGAUUUUCAUGCAGAG